AUGGUGGAAACCCUUGCUCGAGUCGAAAAAUCGCUGUACCCAGUCACCGCUAACGGUGGGUAUAUGGCACAAACAGUUCCGUCUGGCACUGUUUUGCUGAAGACCCAGUUCCAGCUACCAGCCAAUGUUCAUUGCACCAAUUGCGUACUGCGAUGGCACUAUUUAGCCACCAACUCGUGCCCUCCAGAGAAUCACAGCCAAAAUCCCAUGCAAAUAUCCGAGGAGUUUUGGAAUUGCGCGGACAUCCGAAUCGAUGAUGUGCAAGGACCAGAUGCGACCACGAAUACGCUUCCUUCUGAAGCACUCAUGAAUGCGCUUCCCCUUCGAAAACCACAAAAUUUAAUGGGGACUGGUUUCAACGAACAUUGUCCACCCGAAGCUAUUGGUGAAUAUGGGGAAUUCGCCUCAGUAUUGCAAUGCUAUAACCCAACCGGACCAGAAUGUGAAUACGGUGGUGUUGCCCCAUCUCCUAAGCCCACUGCAGCUCCCACAAUGCCUCCAACAAUCACCACAGCUGAAGCAAGUACCACAGAUGGUGCCACUCCACCAAUGAAUGCUGAGUGCGGAAACUGUGUCGGCUGCCUGCACCCAGGGAAUAAUGGUUGGCGUGCGUGCUACACCGACUGGUCCCCCAUCACUUGCGCUAUGAAUGCACAAUAUGGAUACGACGCAUGCUACCCUAGCGAAGGUAUUCCAGUGGAGACAGAAAGAUACACCACAAGUGACGAUACAUCAACGGGCAUGCCAAGUAGUUCGCCCAGCACAGCUACUACAUCGUCUAUCUCGAGCACGUAUACUGUGUCCUCAUCCGAAAUAAUAGCUUCAUCAACUACAGUAUCCGCCACGCCAACGAUCGAGUCCACCUAUAUGUCUAUUUUAGCUACAGAGUCGACACCGACUACGGAUAUCGUUUCUUCUCCAACAGAAACCGACAAACCGAAAUGGUCUGCUGGCGGUAAUUCCAAAUACCUUAGCUGUGCUGAAAGUCAAUGUUAUGGCUGCUUAAGAAUUGGCUAUCAGUGUGAUGGAGCAACCCAAGACAAAGAAGCCUUUGAUGGCUGGCUGGAUCCUGGGCAUGUAUGGUGUGAGAUUUAAAUAUACUACAGCCCUAAAGUAUGCACACAAAUAGUUUAAGAUAGCUGUCAUUAACCUUGUAACUAAUAAAGCAAACAGUUUUAAACGUUAAAAAUCUUUUAGGAUUUCAAUGAGCGCAUCCAGAAU